AUGGCAUUGCGAAUCUCCUCCAGGCGAGUAUGCACUGCGCUGCGAGCGCCUCGCAUCCAGUGUGCGUCUAUCCGCUUUGGUUCUUCUGCGUCGGCUGCGCUCAAAGACUCCAGUCUUCCUCAAGAUGUGAAAGACUCAAUCGCUCGUGGAGCAUCACUACCGACGCCUGAUCCAUCCUCCGAUUCCAAGACCGCUGGCCUCGUAAACCAACAGCUUCCGUACAUGGUGCCCACCUAUGUCCGCCCACCACCCAUGUUCGAGAAGGGCGAGGGGUGCUACAUGUGGGAUGUCGAGAACAGGAAAUACUUGGACUUCACAGCUGGUAUUGCCGUCAAUGCGCUGGGGCACUGUGAUGAGGGCGUUUCGCAAGUCAUUGCUGCGCAGGCCCGGCAACUCAUGCACACCUCCAACCUCUACCACAACCCUCACACCGGCCUCCUCUCUAAACAGCUCAUCCAGCUUACGCACGCGACCGGUGGCUUCGAAAGCGCAUCCCGAACCUUCAUAUGCAACAGCGGGUCUGAAGCCAACGAGGCUGCCAUCAAAUUCGCGCGCAAGGUCGGAAAGUCUCUAUCACCAGACGGAAGCAAAUACGAAUUCGUCUCGUUCCACAACUCUUUCCAUGGCCGGACCAUGGGCAGUCUGAGUGCAACACCGAACCCGAAAUACCAGACACCGUUCUCGCCCAUGGUACCCGGAUUCAGAUACGGCACGUUCAACGACGUGGAUGCCAUCACUGAACUGGUCACAGAGGCGACAUGUGGUGUCAUCGUCGAGCCAAUUCAAGGAGAAGGUGGUGUCAAUGUCGCAACACCCGAAUUCCUUCGUGCGCUACGUGCGCGAUGCACAGAAGUCGGCGCCGUCUUGAUCCACGACGAGAUCCAAUGCGGGUUGGGCAGGACAGGUACCUUCUGGGCUCACGGAGGCUACUCCAAGGAGUGCCACCCAGAUAUCGUAACCACGGCCAAAGCCCUUGGUAACGGGUUUCCCAUUGGCGCAACGAUUGUAAAUGACUUUGUUUGCGAUCACAUCAAGACUGGUGACCACGGCACCACGUUUGGCGGCAACCCACUCGGAUGCAGUGUUGCCUCUUACAUCCUCUCUCGCCUCUCGUCGCCUGACAUCUUAGGCUCAAUACCAGCGAAGGAGCAGGCAUUCCGCAAGCACUUCGACUCCUUGCGCGAGCAGUUUCCAGACCAGAUCAAGGAGGUCAGAGGCAAGGGACUGAUUCUGGGUCUCCAGCUUGAUACUGACCCUACACCUAUCGUUACUGCGGCUCGAGAGAGAGGGUUGCUGAUUAUCACCUGUGGUACCAACACGCUCCGUUUUGUUCCUCCUCUAGUCAUCACAGAGGCAGAGAUCCAAGAGGGUAUGAACAUUUUGGCGCAGGCAAUGAAGAGUGUCUGGGUCAAGGGUGAGGACGUAGAGGGCACCAAGGGUCAGCAGGAGAUGCAGUAG